UGGUCAUAAAUGACGUAAAUUUCUGUUCCAUGCCGUUUUGAUUAAUAUUUUUUUAAUAAUAAUUUUUUUAUAAUUUAUGAUUCAAAAUAAUGGAUGAUCCGAUGCUAAAAUCGAUCCAGGAAGCAGUGUUGAAAAAGACAAGCAUUUCAAAAAAAUUACAGAUUGAAAGUCCAAACAUAACUGAUGAUUCUGGCGGCAAUAUUUUACUACAGCAAAAAGUUGGUGGUUAUGAUUUCAAUAAAGGAAUCAAUCAUUCCGCUUUGUUGCAAACAUAUUUGACCACUGGAUUUCAGGCAACAAACUUUGCUUUGGCAAUCAAACAAAUUGAAGCAAUGCUCAACGCUCGUCAGGAACCAUUCGAAUCGGAUGAAUAUGAAGAUGAUCCAUUCAUUCGACGACAAACGGGAUGUACAAUAUUUCUCGGCUAUACUUCGAACAUAAUUUCCAGUGGUAUUCGAGAAACGAUUCGUUUUCUCGUUCAACAUAGAAUGGUUGAUUGCAUUGUGACCACUGCUGGUGGUAUUGAAGAAGACAUUAUCAAAUGUUUAGCGCCCACCUAUGUUGGUGAUUUUCAUCUAUCUGGUCGACAAUUACGUCAGAAUGGAAUCAAUCGAAUUGGAAAUCUUCUCGUGCCGAAUGAUAAUUAUUGUCUAUUUGAAGAUUGGAUCAUACCGAUAUUGGAUGAAAUGCUUCGUGAACAACAAACACAAAAAAUGAUAUGGACACCAUCGAAAAUGGCUACAAGGCUGGGUAAAGAGAUUAAUAAUGAAGAAUCCGUCUUAUAUUGGGCUUAUGUAAAUCGAAUUCCUAUAUUUUGUCCGGCUUUAACCGAUGGUUCAUUGGGUGAUAUGAUCUAUAUGCAUUCAUUCCGAAAUCCUGGUCUCAUAUUGGACAUUGUUGGUGACAUUCGUCGUUUGAAUACGAUUAGUAUGAAAGCACGACAAACUGGCAUGAUCAUACUCGGAGGUGGUGUUAUUAAACAUCAUAUUUGUAAUGCAAAUUUAAUGAGAAAUGGUGCUGAUUAUGCCGUGUUCAUCAACACUGGUCAAGAAUUUGAUGGUUCGGAUUCUGGUGCCAGACCUGAUGAAGCAAUUUCAUGGGGAAAGAUAAAAAUGACUGCUAAUCCUAUUAAAUUAUACUGUGAUGUUUCACUGAUUUUUCCGUUGAUUGUGGCCGAAACAUUUGCUAAAUAUCAUCAUUAUAGUCUUUCGAAAAAAUUGCUUUGAAUUUGAAAAUUAACAAGA